CUCAGUCCCAUGUCUGCCGAACGAGUACAAGUACAGAGAUAUACAGGCAACGAUAAUACCAUGUAUUCCGAGAAACAUCAAGAACUUCAACAUCCCACGUAUGACGAUAGAUCCUGUUGGGCGAUCAACUCCUCCUGGAUGGCAUGCCCACAUUCAUCCUGAAGGCCGUCUCUACUACUGUUAUGACAGCGUAGUGACUUUUGAUGGGUCUUCAAGAAAGAUUCACGUUAUCACACAGGCGGAUCUCGAACGUGACGGGGUUGCUGAGGCGAUCGAGAACCUUGCCAAGCUUGCCUACAGACAUGCUUACCAAUAUCCUUUCUUCCCGGUCAAUGUAAACCUCGUGUUGGAACUUAUGGACGUCAGCAAAAGCAUCACGGGAGGAUAUUAUUUUGUGCACCACGAGAACAAGUGCCUGUUCUGGUUGAAUGACUUCGAUGCCACCAUCAUCCUGGGUGAAUGCAGUGGGGUCACUGAACUUUCUCAUAAGCAAAUCGAGUUAGAGGCUCAGUACUGGAAACACAUCGACCUGUUUCCGCACGCAGGUGCUCUCCACUCUCAGGUCCUUCAGCAAUUGCAACAAAUCAUCCGGUUUGCGAUAAGCGAUUGCAUGACUUCGGAAGUGUCGGCUGUCUGCGCUUUCAGCAUGGAUGUACUGAAGAACACUCUGGGCCUCAUCAAAGAUGUAGACGUAGAGAACGAUCGAAUUCAGUCGGCACACGACAAAUGUUUCGUCGCAAGGAUGAUGAACCAUUUUAGGCACUGUCAAUACCUUAACCAUCACGGGCAGCGAUGCGCACGGCUUUCCCGAGAUCAGACUGUAUACGACGACUCCUACGAGGAGCGGUCGGUGAUGAUGAAAUGCCUUACACCCUUGCUCUUCAAUGCCCCUUAUGAGCAUGUUCGCUCUCUUCACAAACUUUACGUCGACUCUAUAAUUAAUCAGCUGGACUGGCGCACCUUCGUUCAGAAGCUGAAUGCCGAGAUACAUGACUUCAAUCUGCUCGCGACAGUGCUCUUGAGUGUCAAUGUUGGUUUUUUGGCGAUUCAGAGCGUAGAUCGUGGUGGGGGACGUUCUUUGUCGCAGGUCGCGAGCUACAUUUCUGUGAUCUCAAGUUUUGGGAGCAUGCUACUUGGUGUAAAUAUCGCGAGACAAAACUAUGCUCAAGGUUCAGACAUGGUGGACAACGUGCAUGCACGCCUAGAGAGCUUAGUGCACCCCAAGCACGGCCUCGAGACGCUUGCAAUCAUAUACAGCCUACCGUAUGCUUUACUCAUGUGGGGGAUGUUAUUUUUCGUGCUUGCAUUCUUAACUGAAUGUAUUCAUGACUCGAGUGUAGUACCUUUGGUCCCUGUAAGUGUGACGGCGAUUAUUGUGCUGGUGCUUGUUGGGUGGUCUUGUCACAGGUUGAGAGACCCAGAUAUCGGGGCAGAGUGUCUGUUUGGAAGUGUGUUUACGAUAGGAAAGUGGGUCAAGGAUCGACCUAGAUGGAUUCUAGCAGCCGUGGUGCGCUCACGUGCUUCGGUAAGCGAAAAGAAUCAGCUGGAAGUUGCUUUGAGUUAAGGUGGGAAACUUUAAAAACUCCACAUGCACUGUGUACCGUCGACGAACUCGAAUUUCUGAAUGCAAUGAUAUCUCCUGAAUUUCGGAUUUUGUUUUGGGUGUUAUGUGUCCACCUAGCUGGGAUUUAUCUAUUUACCAAGGGAUUCCUCCUUAACCGACUCGCACUCCCCGACAGAAGUGUGGACGCUUGCACUUCACUCGCUACCCACAAAAGAGCUGUCUUACUCGUCAUAGACGCCCUACGCUUUGAUUUCAUUGCAGAACACCCGCCAGAACCUGUUUCACCUUU